AUGAGCAGUAAUUGUCCAAGGCUCAGGGCUGCUCCAGUACCUGAGACAGGCAAAGAAACAGCAGUGGCCUUGAAGAAAGAGAUUGGACUAGUCAGCGCGUGUGGCAUUAUUGUGGGUAACAUCAUCGGUUCUGGUAUUUUUGUAAGUCCAAAGGGUGUUUUGGAAAAUUCCAGUUCAGUGGGUCUGGCUCUCAUAGUGUGGAUUCUUACUGGAGUCAUCACUGCCAUUAGUGCUCUAUGCUAUGCAGAAUUGGGAGCUACAAUCCCCAAGUCUGGAGGAGACUAUUCCUAUGUUAAGGACAUCUUUGGAGGCCUAGCAGGGUUUCUGAGGCUGUGGACCGCAGUGUUGGUGAUCUAUCCAACUAGCCAGGCUGUGAUUGCUCUUACUUUCGCCAACUAUGCAUUGCAGCCUCUCUUUCCUGCCUGUUUCCCUCCAGAGAGAGCCCUUAGUGUGCUUGCAGCACUCUGCCUAUUGCUGUUAACAUGGAUUAACUGCUUCAGUGUUCGCUGGGCAACACGUGUCCAGGAUGUGUUCACCACAGGCAAACUGUUGGCCCUCGGCCUUAUCAUCAUCAUGGGCAUUGUGCAGAUCUGCAAGGGUCAUUUUUAUUGGCUGGAGCCAGCACCUGCAUUUCACCCAAUGAAGCCAUAUGAUAUGGGUCGCAUCGCACUCGCUUUCCUCCAGGGUUCCUUCGCCUAUGGAGGCUGGAACUUCCUUAACUAUGUAACAGAAGAGCUUAUUGACCCCCACAGGAACCUGCCUUUUGCUAUCUUCAUCUCAAUCCCUCUGGUCACUUUCAUCUAUGUGUUUGCGAAUAUUGCUUAUGUUACAGCUAUGAGCCCUCAGGAGCUGUUGGCCUCUAAUGCUGUUGCCGUGACAUUUGGUGAAAAGCUGCUUGGGGUUAUGUCAUGGAUUAUGCCCAUCUCUGUGGCACUGUCCACCUUCGGAGGGGUUAAUGGUUCCCUUUUCACCUCAUCUAGGUUGUUCUUUGCCGGGGCAAGAGAGGGCCAUCUACCCUGUCUAUUUGCAAUGAUUCAUGUGAAUCGCUGCACACCAAUUCCAGCUUUGCUCUUCACUUGUAUAUCAACUGUGCUGAUGCUGUUUACCAGUGACAUAUACACCUUGAUCAACUAUGUUGGCUUCAUUAACUACCUGUUUUAUGGGGUCACAGUUGCUGGGCAGAUUGUGCUUCGCAUCAAAGAGCCAGACAUUUAUCGUCCAAUCAAGGUGAGCUUGGCGUGGCCAGUCAUUUUCCUGCUUUUCUGGGCAUUUCUGCUGAUCUUCUCCCUGUACUCUGAGCCUGUGGUGUGCGUUAUAGGCCUGGCCAUCAUGUUGUCAGGUGUUCCUGUGUAUCUUUUCGGUGUCUAUUGGGAAAACAAGCCCAAGAGAUUCAAUUCUUUUGUUGCUAAAAUGACAUACUUGGGGCAGAAGUUGUGCAUGGUGGUGUAUCCAACUGUGGAUGAGGGCAGAGAAGAUGGGAGCGAAGAAAAAGAGGAAGCUGGAUAGAAGUGCUUUGCUAGUUGUGAAAAUCCUUACUAUUGGCAAAUUUAAGUAUAUGGGUUCAGCAGAGAAAUGCAAUAGAGACAUACACACUGGGAGGAGAUUUAAAGGAUUAGUUCACCCAAAUAUUAUACGUCUGUCAUCAUUUACUAACCUUUAUGUUGUUCUAAACCUGUAAUUAACAAAUGGUUAAUUUUUGAAGAAUAUUCUAGCCUAAUUUUUGAAAGAAAGAAUGAUUCGUCCAUGAACUGGACAUCACUACUUCUCUCAUGUAUGUGUCAACAAGAGUUAAAGUCAAUGUGAAGAUUUUCAAUGAAUAACUAUUUAAAUUUCAGUCUGUUCCUCACACAAAACUAUCCUAUUUAUAGCUUCAGACUUGAAAUAGUCAAUUAGUUGUAUGAACCAUUAUGUGAUAUUUUGAUGUUACUUUUUUGGAGCUCAACAACCCCGGACCUGAUUAAAUUUCAUUACAAUAACGUGUCCAACAUAUUGUUGAAAAAUUCACCUUUUGUGUUCUACGGAAGAAAGAAAGCCAAAUUUGGAAUGCUGCCUUUAAAGGAUUAGGUAACCCAAAAAUGAAAAUUCUCUCAUCAUUUAUUCACCCUCAUGCCUUCUAAGAUGUAUGACUUUCUUUCUUCUGCUGAACACAAACAAAGAUUUUUUGAAAAAUAUCUCAGCUCUGUAGGUCCAUACAAUGCUAGUGAAUGUGGAUCAGAUCUCUGAAACUUCAAAAAGGAGACCAAGUAAGCAUAAAAGUAAUCCCCCAGACUCCAGUGGUUUAAUCAAUGUAUUCUAAAGCGAUCCAGUUGGUUUUAGGUGAGAACAGACCAAAAUGUAUCUCUUUUUUCACUGACUUUUGGAGUUUCAAAGGCCUGAUCACCAUUUACUUGCAUUGUAUGACCUACA